GCCAAAGAAAAUCCCCCCAUCGCGUGCGCUGCGCCUCCUUCCCCAUCCGCACGCACCCGCCCGCCGCUGCUCCUCCGGCAGCGUCGCCACCGCCACGCGCCCACCCGCAACCCGCCCGAACGGCCGGCCAGCGCUGUCUGGUAUUAGUGGUACUAGUAUCUAUCAAAUCAGCCAUCUGCCCUCUGCCCUCCUAUCCAAAAUCAAGUCCAUUUCCAUUUCCCUUUCCUCUCUACCCUCACUCUCGUCUCCGGCGGGCGGUGGUCUCACUCACCUCCCUUUCCCCGUCGCCCCCUGAUGGCUCCCUCGGCAGCUCUCGCUCCGGCGGCCUUCCGCUCCGCCUUCUCGACGCCGCUCGCGUCCAACCCUACCCGUAAUAGAAUAAACAUAGAAGGUGCUUUCUGUUUGCCUUGUUCCACAAGGAAGAGAGCUAGUUAUAGACCUUUUCGAGUGUACAGUUUAUUUGGAGGGAAGAAGGAUAAAGAUGAGAACGGUGAUGAGCCAUCGAAAGCAGGAAUUUUUGGAAAUAUGCAAAAUCUAUAUGAAACUGUUAAGAAGGCCCAAAUGGUUGUCCAAGUUGAGGCUGUCCGGGUGCAGAAGGAGCUUGCAGCGACUGAGAUUGAUGGCUAUUGUGAAGGUGAACUAAUCAAGGUUACACUUUCUGGAAACCAGCAACCUAUUAGAGUUGAAAUCACGGAAGCUGCAAUGGAGUUGGGUGCUGAAAAACUUUCCGAGUUGGUCAACGAUGCUUACAAGGAUGCACAUCAACGGAGCGUCCAGGCCAUGAAAGAGAGGAUGGCUGACUUGGCACAGAGCUUAGGAAUGCCUGCAGGCCUCGGCGAUGGUCUCAAGUGAUGCCGCAAUUCGGGAAACCUUUCCAAUAAUUUUUUUCCUCAAUUUUGUAUACUAGCCGUGUGAGUCGUAAGUUUAACCCCUCUGCGACCUCUCAUAGCUGCGUAAGAAGUGUACUCGUGAGCACCUGUUGCUUUCAGCUUUAGCUGUAAUUUGCUGUUUUGCACAAGCAGAUAUUUGCUCCCUGGUAAAUGAAUCAUGGUAAUUAGGCUUGCA